CCCGUUCCGAGGAGGCUUGUCGGUGCACCAGGGGGACAGGCUCCUCUGGGGCAGCGCUUCCCUGCGUACGCUUCUCGGCCCCAUACAGCGCUCCCGCCGACAGCAGGCCGCCAGCCCACUGCGCUCUGGCCACGGUGUCGGUCGCCCUUCCCGCGGAGCGGCCUGCCGUGGACGCCAUGCCGGCCACGACCCUGGCCAUGCCGGAGGUGGUCGACGGGGAGCCCCCGCUCUGCGACGGCUGCUCCACCCGGACCCUCCCGGCGGCGCCGUGGGGCGCGGAGCCUGCGGACGGCUGCUCGACCCAGACCGUCGCCGCGUGGCAGCCGCCGGUCGCGGUGUGCGCCGACGCCGGCGCCGGCCCUGGCUGCCCCGCGGGCCAGGGGUGGGUCGCGGCACCCACGCUGGUCUUCGGCGGGGGCGGGGCCGCGGGCCCGUUGCCGGUCGCCACGACGGCAGAGCGCCCCGGCUUCGCGGUGCUGGCGGGCGUGCACGAGCAGGCGCUGGUGCCGACGGAGGUGGGCGCGCCCGUGGUCCACGGCGCGCUGCGCCAGCUGCCGCCGGGCGCCGCCGUCGUCGGGGCGACGAUGCUCUGUUGCGCGCCCGCGCUCGGCCGGCAGCUCUCGCGGCAGGCCUCGUCCGCGUCCACCGCGUCCGCCGCUGGCGCCGUCCGCCAGGCGUCGGCUCGCGUGCUGACCACGACGAUCUGCGUUCCAGGCGCUGCUGGCGCCAUCACGUCGACGACCAAGACCGCGACGUCCUUCGUCCUCGCGCCGCGCGUGGUCUUUCAGGCACCGGUGCUCUCCGACUGCGGUCCUCGCAAGACGUGCGUGGAGCUGGAACCGAAGACCGGGCGGGACGAGCACGAGCGGAUCAAGCAGAUAGCCAGGCCGAACGUGGCCAAGAAGAGCAGGAGCCUCUGCUGCUGAGCGCGGCGCCACCGAGGUGAGGAGGCGUGAUGAGGGCGCUCUACCUCGGAGGUGUAGUUAGAUGCUGCGGCAGUGGCCCCAGUGGCCGCGGCAUGGCCACAUCAGUUGUCAAUGUAUACCCACGCUCGCAAGAUGGAAUUCGCAGGUGCGUCGUAGUCAGCGGGGGGUGCUCUCCCCGUUCGAGGACACGUCGCCUGCAUCUUCGC